AUGUCUGGAGAGAAGAGCAGUCUACUUUUGAUCCACCCGGCUGUCACUACGACGCCGGAGCUUGUGGAAAGUGUCAAGAAGAGCAAUGUAUUUGCAGACUCGAGCAAGCUGGACCAGUUUCUGGUCAACAAGCUGAACGACUCAAGCGUACAGUUGGAGGACGAAAAGUACUCGCUGGUCUACUACCUGACGCCCGAAAAAGAGUCAGAAAUACAGUUUCCUACAAAGCUCAUCGCAGUACUGGCACAGAGCCUACGAGGCGGUGGCAGGCUCUUCGGACUAAGCGACGUCUACAAAAUUGACGCGCUGAUAAACGGGUUCGAGGUCGUAAAUAGCGGCGAGCAGGGCUACCACUGGGUAAAGAAAGGCACAGCACACACACAGACAGCGCCAGUGGCACUGCGGCCCAAGCGCAACACACCCUCUGGCGGUUCAAAGUCCUUACCUAUCUUUGCAAAGCCUAGCUUCGCGCUUCCAGCCUUCAAAAAGGCCGAAAAACCAAAGCCUACCGGGCUCCCAACAUUUAAGAAACCCGAGUCUCCGCGUGCUAGCGUAGUGGCUGAAGACCUGGACGACGGAGACGAGCUGGACGGUAUGAACGAGGAUGACAGCAACUCUGAUGAGCUCACGGCUUCGAAGUCAAAAUUUUUCGACGACGUCGCGGGCCAGGACUCUGCGGACUCUAUCGAUGAAGACGAUUUGGUUGAUGACGCGGAGAAGAGCGCCAUCACUGUCGUCACGUGUGGCAAGACCAAGACCAGAAGACGUAAGGCUUGUAAGGACUGUACUUGCGGGUUGAAGGAGGCCGAGGCACAGGAAGCGGAUGCCGCGCGCGCUGCGCAGGAUCGCAUUCUGGGCAAGCCCGUCAAGUUUGACGAGCAGGAGCUGACGGAAAUUGACUUUACUAUUCAAGGCAAGAAGGUCGGUGGCUGCGGCUCGUGCUCGCUUGGCGAUGCAUUUAGGUGCUCCGGGUGCCCAUACCUUGGGCUCCCGGCUUUCAAGCCGGGCCAGCCAAUCAGCCUGGAUACGAUCGCUGAUGACUUGUAA